UCGUCGUCGCCAACGACUUUUGAAACGUCUACCCCCCUUCGUCACGUACCGUUAGAACUCUCUCUCUCUCUCUCUCUCUCUCUCUCUCUCUCUCUCUCUCUCACGCACACACGCACACAGUUCUUCCAGUCAUUCCCUUGCUAUUAAUUUCUGACUACGACGAAGACUACCACUACUAUUCCUGUUCAGCCUCCCAUUGUCCGCGUCUAAUGGCUCCCAAUUGCCUUCGGGAAUUAGGGCCAAUUAUGGUUUUUCUAGCUUUUCUUUUGGAAAUGUAAAAUUUAACUACUUGUGUUGUGUUCUGUGUUUUAGUGUGGUUGAGUGAAGAGUUUUUAUUUCGGAAGUGAGGUUUUUAGCUGGAGGGGGGAAGAGGAGGAGGGGUAUUUUACGUCUUCAUGGAGUUCUGGGCCUCUUCUUUUACUACUAGUAUUUGCCUAAUUCUGGUGGCUUCUCGGUUAUCACCGGCCUCCGGCGAUAUCGAAGGCAAUGCUUUGAAUGCGCUGAAGAACAGCUUAGUUGAUCCUAACAACGUUUUACAAACUUGGGGUCCUACACUUGUCAAUCCCUGCAACUGGUUCCAUGUCACGUGCAACAAUCAAAACAGUGUUACAAAAGUUGCUCUUGGGAAUGCAAAUUUAACUGGACAACUCGUUCCACAACUUGCGCACCUUCGAAGUUUGGAGUACCUAGACCUUAAUACUAACAACAUAAGUGGACAAGUUCCUGAAGAGUUUGGGAAUUUGACGAACUUGGUGAGCUUGGAUCUUUAUCUCAACAACUUGAGUGGUCCCAUCCCGAAAACGUUGGGCAAUCUUCAGAUCUUACGUUUCCUGCGGCUCAACAACAACAGUUUGUCAGGGAAUAUUCCUGCGUCGUUGACUACCAUCCCAACACUUGAAGUCCUUGAUCUAUCAAACAACCGUUUGACAGGAGUAAUUCCAGUUAAGGGCUCGUUUUCACGUUUUACUAAUGCCAGUUUUGCAAAUAAUGAUUUGGUAUAUCCUCCGGUUGCUCCACCUCCUCCACUUCCGCCCUCACCACAAUCCACUUCUCAAGGUGCUCCACCUCCUCCACUUUUGCCCUCACCCCAAUCCACUUUUCAAGGUGUUGCAUCUCCUCCACUUUUGCCCUCACCCCAAUCCACUUUUCAAGAUAGAGUAGGCAAUAUUGCUGGAGCCAUUGCUGGUGCUGCUGCCGUACUAAUUGCUGCCCCUGUAAUCGCACUCAGUUAUUGGCGACGAAGGAAACUAUUAGAUCAUUUCUUCGAUGUACCUGGGGAUCUGGAAGUUCAUCUAAAACAGCUCAAGAGGUUUUCUCUGUCUGAACUACAAAUUGCGACAAACUAUUUUAACAACAAAAAUAUUAUAGGAAGGGGUGGAUCCGGUAAGGUCUACAAAGGACGAUUGGCUGAUGGCUCUCUCGUGGCAGUAAAAAGACUAAAAGGGGAGCGUACUCACGGUCGGGAGCUGCAGUUUCAAACUGAAGUAGAAUUGAUUAGCAUGGCUGAUCAUCGAAAUCUUCUACGCCUACAUGGAUAUUGCAUGACGCCAACUGAACGGGUUCUUGUCUAUCCCUAUAUGGCUAAUGGAAGUGUUGCAUCAUGUUUAAGAGAGCGACCCGAAUCGCAAGCCCCACUUGAUUGGCCGACAAGAAAGCAAAUUGCGUUGGGAGCUGCAAGAGGCCUUGCGUAUUUGCACAGUCAUUGUGACCCAAAGAUCAUUCAUCGUGAUGUCAAAGUUGCAAAUAUAUUGUUGGAUGAGGAGUUUGAAGCAGUUGUUGGAGACUUUGGGUUGGCUAAACUAAUGGAUUACAAGGAUACUCAUGUUACCACAGCUAUACGUGGCACAAUUGGCCAUAUUGCCCCUGAGUACCUCUCCACUGGGAAGUCUUCAGAGAAAACUGAUGUCUUUGGUUACGGGGUCAUGCUUCUUGAACUCAUCACUGGACGGAGUGCUUUUGAUCUUGCUCGGCUUGGUAAUGAUCAUGGUGUCAUGUUGCUCGAUCGGGUAAAAGGACUUCUGAACGAAAAGAAGUUGGAAAUGCUGGUUGACAUGGAUAUGCAGGGUCAUUAUGUCCAUGAAGAGGUGGAAGAACUUAUCCAGGUGGCGUUGCUUUGCACACAGGAAUCUCCCAAUGAACGUCCCAAGAUGUCAGAAGUUGUCAGAAUGCUUGAAGGUGAUGGCUUGGCAGAGAGGUGGGAAGCAUGGCAGAAGGAGGAGGUGUCCCGCCUAGAGUUUAGCAAUACCCAACACACAACUGCUGAUUGGAUAAUUGCUGAUUCGACUGCCAACCUCCGCCCAGUUGAAUUGUCCGGUCCGAGAUGACCCUUCAUGUUUUUACAUUUGCCACGUCAUAGGCAAUUCUCUUUGUUUGGUCAUAUCUUUAUGGAUAUGAUUCCCUUCCCUUCCCUUCUCUUCUGCUUUUUUUUUUGUUGGUCUCAUUUUUAAUAUAUGAGGUUGAUAAUGUGGUCAAUUUUCAGGCGAUGGAGGCAUCGGUAUACCUGAAACCAAGUAGACUCUGCACGCUAAUCAUUAGUGACUAGUGGUCAAUUAUCACAAAGCUAUUUUAUCCCAA